AUGGCAAAGAAGAAAGUGUUACUGAUGGGUAAGGCCCACAGCGGCAAGACCAGCAUGCGAUCCAUCAUCUUUGCCAACUAUUUGGCCAGAGAUACCACACGGCUGAGUCCAACUCUGGAUGUAGAGCAUCAUCAUGUUCGGUUCCUCGGGGAUCUAGUCCUGAAUCUAUGGGACUGUGGAGGACAGGAUGCCUUUUAUGAAAGCUACUUUGAAAGAGAUCGAGAGACCAUCUUUCGAUCGGUCGAAUUGCUCAUCUACGUCUUUGACAUUGAAAGCGAGAGUCCCGAAAAGGACUUUGACCACUUUUGUGGAGUAUUGGAAGCCAUUGAGGAAAACUCGCCCGAUGCACGCAUCUUUGUAUUGGUGCACAAAAUGGAUCUAGUGGCCGAAGAAGACCGACAGGCCAUUUUCGAAGACCGAAAACGAUUGAUUGCCGAGAGCUGUGUCAGUUGUGGUGUCGAGAAUUUCAAAUGCUACCCAUCGUCCAUCUGGGAUGAAUCACUCUACAAGGCAUGGUCCGAAAUUGUCACCAACCUUAUACCCAAUAUCCGAUUGUUGGAGACACACUUGAAUAACUUUUGUCGCAUGUGCGAUGCUGAUGAAGUGGUGCUCUUUGAACGAGCCACCUUUUUGGUCAUUAGCCAUGCCCAAUACUCAUCGUCCGAGGGGGGCACGGCCGCCAUUGCCAAUUUUGCCGCUCCCGGGCCACCCGCGGAUGGAUCGGCGUCGUCGCCGCCCACGGAUGCCGUGGAUAUUCCAGUGUCGUCCAUGGCGUCGUCACCCAUGUCACCGGAUUCGGGAGCAGGUGUCGUCGAAGCUCCCGAAAUUGUGUCAGAAGCAGCGGAACAAGCCACAGACCGUAGUCCGGCAGCCAUUGAAGAAACGCCUCGUCAUGUAGGCAGGACGCCACAUUUUGAUUCGCACAGAUUUGAAAAGAUAUCCAACAUUGUCAAGCAGUUCAAGCUGUCCUGCGGCAAGGCACAAUCCCAAUUCCAAGGCAUGGAAGUCCGUAACUCGCGCUUCUCAGCCUUCAUUGAUGCCUUUACAGCCAAUACAUACAUUAUGGUGAUUGUGAGCAACCCACACGUCCAUACGGCUGCCACACUGCUCAAUAUUCAAAAUGCCCGAAAUCACUUUGAACGAUUCAUUCCGAGAAUUUAG